UGUGGUUGGUUGCGGCGGCGGCAGUAACAGCAGCAGCAGCGGCGGCCACUGGUGGUGGUCCCAGCGAGAGGAGUGAGCGGCGCUUCCCGAUCCGAGUCGUGGUGCUCGCCCGCGGAAUGGCGGCCAUCCGCAAGAAGCUGGUGAUUGUGGGGGAUGGCGCUUGCGGAAAGACGUGCCUGCUCAUCGUCUUCAGCAAGGACCAGUUCCCUGAGGUCUACGUGCCCACUGUCUUUGAGAACUACGUGGCCGACAUUGAGGUGGAUGGCAAGCAGGUGGAGUUGGCGCUGUGGGACACUGCGGGGCAGGAAGACUACGACCGCCUGCGACCGCUCAGCUACCCGGACACGGACGUCAUCCUCAUGUGUUUCUCCAUUGACAGUCCCGACAGUUUGGAAAACAUUCCCGAGAAGUGGACGCCGGAGGUGAAGCACUUCUGCCCCAACGUGCCCAUCAUCCUGGUGGGCAACAAGAAGGACCUGCGCAACGACGAGGGCACGCGGCGCGAGCUCGCCAAGAUGAAGCAGGAGCCCGUGAAGUCCGAGGAAGGGAGGGACAUGGCGAACCGCAUCAACGCCUUCGGCUACAUGGAGUGCUCGGCCAAGACCAAGGACGGCGUGCGCGAGGUGUUCGAGAUGGCCACUCGUGCCGCACUGCAGGUGCGCAAGCGCAAGGGCAGACACCGCUGCCUGCUGCUGUAAGCCGGCCCGCACCCUCGCCGUGGCCCGCACCCUCGCCGUGGCCCGCACCCUUGCCGUCGCCCCCCCCAUAACCGAGAGGUCGCCUUCCGCGCAACGCUCUCGGUGCGGAAACCACUAAGGCAGUCGACGAGUGAAUAGGAAGCCGUCACCACGAAACUUAACCGUCCCAUCUGGCUGCGAAUUGAAUGUUUGCCCACGGUGUGUCCUGUCAUCGGGUUAGACCCACGUCUUCACCGGCCGCGGUGGCAUACCAUCGCUUUAAAUUCACCGGGGUUAGCGUGCGGUUAGUUCAGCGUGGCGAGCCAACGCGUGGCAGAUGUUUCGCGUAACCGUGACUUUGCGCUGCAGGGGGUACGUGGUCCUUUGUCGUGUCCGCAGGACAGCAAUUGAUAAGCCCAACCAAAACAAUGUCAUGAAAUUUAAACGACCUUCUUGGAAAAGUUAUGUAAAUAAUUUUGACCAGUUUUCUAAGAAACGGGGAACACAAUUGCGUCCAGUGGUCCCACCACCUGAUGUUUGGCAACGCACCUUUUCAGAUCAGGCACGUAUCUCAUCGUUGUAAAAUCAUGAAAAGCAAAGUGCGAGGGUGCUCUAGCCUAAUUAUAUCUAACCUUUGUUGUACGGCACAAGCUUUGGAAGCGGGUGUCACUGGAAAUCAUGCUGUUUAUUGAACAGUUGGUACUGUUUUUUGGUGCAUGGCGGUGCAUGGUGAAACACAUUUUGAGAUUGUUAACAAACGUUAAGCAUUUAGCUAACCCCUUGAGCAAAAAUAAUGCAUCGAUCACUACUAGAUCUGGUUGUUAAGAAAUCUUUUUUUUACUUAUAUGCUUAAAGCCAAAUAGUAAUUUCCAAACUUUUUAUGAGUUUUGUGGUUCCAAAAUUCCGCAGCAGUGCCCAUUAUAUGAGUGAAUGGUUGUUUGCAUUCAGAGAAUGCAGUUCUGAAUUUCACAAAAUAAUUGAAUUCAAGAAAAUAUGCUGUCGGUCAAGUGCAUAUUUAAGAAUCCUUUUGCACACAUCACAGGAUUAGUAUUUUUUCUUUUUAAGUAUUUUAGGUAAAAAAAAAUCAAAAUUGCUUUGCAGCUUACUGCAAAGCUGCAUUUGGUAUCUGUGAUGUGCAUUGUCUGUGCUAAAGUAGUUGUGUAACUUUUUGAGUGAUUUUAAUAUUUGAAUGCAAUGUAAUCUUACUUGGCUAGUACAAUGUAGAUUUUACAAGUUGCUUUGGAGAGCUAACAUUGGGAAUUUUCUUGUGGUGCUGUGGUCAAGAGACUCUUCUGCACAAAUACAUACCUGCCAACCCAUACGGUUUACCCGUAUUCUUAUACAGGGAAAUUGAGUUUUCAGGUUCAUACAGCGUGCAGCCUUUUCAAUACGGGCAAAAAGAAAAAGUCCUAUGUGUUUGUGUUUCUCCCUUGUGAUGGGACUUUGUGGUAUGAACGUUGAGCUUUAUAAGGGCACGGUGUGACCAAUAAGAUCUGGAUUGGUCUGUAAUAGGGUAGGGCACUGAUAAGGGGUUGACAGGUAUGUACAUAUGUUGUUAGCUGUUGACUGAAUUCACAAAGCACUGUAUUAACCUGUACUCCUAACUACUAUUACCCUUAAAAUAGGAAGUAUUUUUUAAGGGAAAGCUACGUCAUCUAUUUCAUAGUGUUUUUAUUAAACAAAACUCAAACCUUUAAAUCAACAAUGUGGCUUUUGAGUAGCUCAUCAUGUCAAUACAUUCUUGAAUCUUAGUUCUGAAAGAAAUAGCAUUGUGGACAUCUUUAGUGGUUUUUUAUUAUCCUAAAAUGGACUCUCGUACAUACAGUGAAAUACUUUUGAAACAUCUCAUACUUCCUGCCAACUGCUGAAACAUCUUCCUGGGCACUUAUAUACAUUUGCAAACGUUUGAGAGGUACUACUCGUUUAGAAUAAUGAAAAAAUAUCCAAACACAUCAAAGAUCCAAAAUAGAGGAUUUUGGCUUGGAUCACGUAAAUGUGUCGUUAAACCUGCCGUCACCCGACACAGCCAACUAGUAAGAGUUGUCACGUAAACAAAACGUGCCAAUCCGUUACUAGUACAGCACACCGGUGUGUUGGAGAAUAAAUCCACAACAUUUACAGUUGUGAAUCUACACAAUUUAUAUUUACACGAUCUAACCAAAAAAUCUCUUAUGGAUAAUAUUGGUCACGAAAGCCUAACUACGUGUUCAACUGCCAUCAAAGAUCACGAACAAGUGCAAACAAGGAGUAACUAAAGUGUUUCGUGUCUGCUUUAGAUGCUUUAGCGCUGUUGAUUCAACCCGCCGGUUGUCGAACCGCCUUUCUGUUACACGCUCGGCUCAAUAUAACGCAACGGUCAUCAUGCCCGUGGCUGCUUUAGAAAGCUGUUGGCCGGUUUGCAUGCGUUGCCAUCGCGGUAUGUGGCAUUGGUUAAUACUCGUGCAUGAUAUGUGUGCGUGUGUAAUAUAUACAGGGGCAGUGUCAUUUUGUCUGGAAUAUUGACAUCUGUGCAGUAUACGUCUAUUAGUUUUCUUGUCACCUGUGGAUGCAAAAAAAAAAAACAUUUUAAAUAUAUCCUUAGCCACUGUUGAAUUUGUACCACAUAUUAGGCAGAAUAAGGAUUUGCAUUUAUUUGGCACUUUUAUUCCACAGCAUCGCAAAGCGCCUUACAAAGUACAAAUCGUGAAAAGGACAUAAACAAGCAUCAUGACAGGGGAAAAACUAGAGGGGAAAAAUAAGACAUUAAGACAUACAAGAGCAGUGAGUGAAGGGUAUCGCUGUGACCGGGAUACACCAUGAUGUCUGCACACGUACACGUGAGGUGUGACGGCCACCAGGAAACCCAGCGUCGGCAAAGAGUCCAGGGAAAAGUCUGGCAACACAAUGGAAGAAAAUGACCCCGAUUGGGAAUGCCCCUGUUCCAUCCAUCGUGUUGGCAGCCCUUGCCCAGGACUCUGCUGACGCUUGGGAUUUUGAUGGCUGCGAUGUCCCGAUGUGCGUACGUGCGUGGGUCGUCACUUGUGCCUGUGAUGUCCCUUGCUCGUCAUUUUUCACGUCUUUUUCCCCCAAUCCAGCUGCAAUCCCCUUCUUUUGCCACGCUUUGUGGCUCUGUGUGGGUUUUCUCCACGGCGCGUUGAGAUUCUGCUCUGUUGAAGCGCCAAGUGAACGCAAGUCCACUUAGCCCUGGGAGUUUACUGGGAAGUCGCGUGGUUGCAUCUCGUGUGCGCACAAACUCCGCAAGAACAUUGCGGCUAGAGAGAGCUUGACACCGCACUGCUACGUUCAAUGGCGUUGCCGUUGGAAUCGAUGCGAGGGCGAGAGUUGUGCUUCAAACUACAGAGAUACUUUUGUUUGUAGUUGUAUUGUCAUGUUUGUACCAAGACGAUGUUAAAACAACUCGACAAUUGCCUGGUCCUUGGCUUUGCACACAAGCACACACAGAGGAAAAUUGCAUGUUGGUAAUACUGUAUAGCCGUAGUCACUCGUGCUUGAACCACGAAUUUUGAACUGAUGCGGUUUAAUGUGUAGUCUUUUAACUUGAGUAGCUAUGGGGCUUGGAUAAUGUGUGUAGUUGAACAUUAACACGAUGAACAUUAACUGCACUGUGUGAACUAUUGACAUGAAAUGUUAGCUCGCCGGAACUAAUGAUAUUAACUUUUGGUUCGCCUAACUGCUCUUUUGUCCUGAUGAGGACCUUUUGCUUCUUAAUGUACAUUUCGUUGCCUUCUUGGGCAUUGUGAACCUAAAAUGCAAAGCUUGAAAUGUGGAUUUUUAUUUGGUAUGCAAAGAUGUUGUAUCAGUAUUGGUGUUUUCCGAAAUACAUUUCAAAUUGAUCAUGAAGUGCAGCUUUUGAAACCAAGAAUUCUCUUCGGCAGUAAUGCACAUGUCUUCAAUGUUGUUGAUGUGAUUUGUAUUGAAAAAAAGUCCAAGGAAUUAAAAAGGAACUAUUAAAGUAAUGUGGUCAAUAAAUCUACGAAAAGGUCAGGGAGUCAUUUGCGAGAAAGAAAAUGAGAAUUUCAACAUCUUUGCAAGAAUAGAAAUGCAUCCACAUGAAAUAUCUUACAAAUAAAGCAUCUGAGAUGUGUUGGAAAAAACUGGCCUUUAUAAUAGUGGCACUUAUUUAGCUGCUCUUUACAAACGAACUGUACAAGUCAGCAUAUGCCAUAAUAAAGCUGCUUUUAACAGCCA